AUGCCUACUAUGGACGCCCUCACGGCCCGCCGUGCGCACUCGACCCAGCCUCAGGGGAAGGGGAAGGAGCCCGCCUCGCACGACCACAGCACGCCCGGUCACUCGCACUCGCACUCGCAUUCACAUUCGAUAUUCAGUUCCAUGGGCCAUACACACGGGCCAGAUGAGGGGCACGCAGAGCAGAUAGUAGAGGCGUUGCAGAGCGGAGGCUUCAGAGACCGCGGGACCAGGAUCACGCUCCUCGGGCUGUUCGCGAACAUCGGCCUGACGGUGUCGAAGGGCGCCGCGGGCUGGUACAUGAACUCCGCGUCGCUGCUCGCGGACGCGGGGCACUCCCUCAGCGACCUGCUCGGCGACUUCGUCACGCUGACGUGCUGGAAGCUGUCGCGGCGGCCGCCCUCGGCGCGCUACCCGUACGGCUUCGGCAAGUUCGAGGUGCUGGGCACAACGACGGUGUCGCUGCUGCUCACGGCCGGCGCGCUGGGCAUCGGCGUCCACUCGUGGGCGCUGCUCAUGGAGGCGCUCUCGCAGUCGGCCGCGGCGCUGCCGUCGGGCGUGGUGCACGACGUGCUCGAGACGGUGACGGCCGCGGCACACAGCGUGCCUGUGGUCGUCUCUGAACAUGCGCAUGCCCACGCACACGCGCACGCGCUCGACCCGAACGCGGCGUGGUUCGCGGCG